UUGAAGUAAUCAUAUACGUGUCUAUGCCUUAAGUCUGAAAUAUUUCUCGUAUCUCUAGUUUCCGCCUUCUUGAUUUCUUUUCUCUACAGCUAGUGAUCAUGGCGGUAGGCAAGAAUAAAGGUCUGUCAAAAGGGGGCAAAAAGGGCGUUAAGAAGAAGGUUGUGGACCCCUUCACACGUAAAGACUGGUACGAUGUCAAAGCCCCCUCCAUGUUUGCUACCAGGCAAAUCGGGAAGACUUUGGUGAACCGCACACAGGGUACACGCAUUGCUGCGGAUGGCUUAAAACAUCGUGUUUUUGAGGUGUCUUUAGCUGAUUUGCAAAACGAUCAUGAUGCAGAACGCAGUUACCGCAAAUUUCGCCUUAUUGCUGAGGAUGUUCAGGGGCGAAAUGUUUUGACUAACUUCCAUGGCAUGGAUUUAACCACAGAUAAAUUGAGGUCAAUGGUAAAAAAAUGGCAAUCAUUAGUUGAAGCUAAUAUUGAUGUGCGUACCACUGAUGGAUAUUUACUCCGUGUAUUCUGCAUUGGUUUCACCACUAAAGACCAAAUGUCUCAAAGAAAAACAUGUUAUGCACAACAUUCUCAGAUCUGUGCAAUUCGCAAAAAAAUGUGUGAAAUUAUUACAAGAGAUGUAACUUCUUCAGACUUAAAAGAAGUUGUAAACAAAUUGUUACCAGACUCCAUUGGCAAGGACAUCGAGAAAGCAUGCCAAGGAAUAUAUCCAUUACAUGAUGUUUUCAUUCGCAAGGUGAAAGUAUUGAAGAAACCACGUUUUGAUCUAUCUAAGUUGUUAGAAUUACAUGGAGAUGGUGGCAAAGGUACUGAAGGAGUUACAGAAGGUGCUCAGGUCGAUCGUCCUGAAGGAUAUGAACCUCCCGUACAAGAUGCCGUAUAAUUUUAUAUAUUGCAUAUAUUCAAUAAAACAGUAAAAUUA